CUUUGUAGAACAACAUUGAGGUUGCAUUACAUAUAGUGGAUCGUACAAGAUGGUCAAAUCAUAUCAGCGUUACGAACAAGAGCGUUGCUUUGGUGUGAUAAGCUCGCAAUCCAACAUUGUUUGGGUCUCUAAUCCAAGCAGCUCUGCAGGAAGAGCCAUCACAUCUGGACUCGAAGAAAUUUUAAUUUGGGAUGUCAAGACAGGUGAAGUAGUAUCUAGAAUGCGUGACGGCCUCACACCGGGUGCCUCGAACGCCCUGACCUCACAGGCCCCACUGUCAGUCUCAUACUUGUGCCAUCAUGCCGAAACAAACAUUUUGGCAGCUGGGUACAAUGAUGGAUCUAUCAAGAUUUGGGAUAUGACUUCUGCAUCAGUUUUAAUCAACUUCCAAGGCCAUAAAUCCGCCAUCAGCAUCUUAAAGUUUGACAAGAGUGGUACCAGACUUUGUUCUGGAUCCUCAGACUCAUCUAUCAUUUUGUGGGAUUUAAUUGGAGAAGAAGGUCUUUUCAAGUUGAAGGGCCAUAAAAGUCAAAUAACUGGAGUACAUUUCCUUUCUGAAGAUCCAGAGACUAAGGAAGUUGAUGAAUUAGAAGAUUACCUUGUCAGUGUCUCUAAAGAUGGGUUAAUCAAGUUGUGGGAAUUGAAGACUCAACAAUGUAUCGAAACACAUGUGGCACAUUCCAAUGAAUGUUGGUCGCUUGGAAUCAAUGAUUCAAACACCAUGGCCAUUACCAGUGGUAAUAAGGACCAAGUCAAGGUAUGGACCAUUGACUUGACUCAACCAGACACCCAGAAGUUCGUUGAAAAGGGAACUUUUGAAAAGCAAAGUAAGGCCAGAUGUACCGAGAUUCAAUUUAAACAAAGACCUGUAGAUGUAUUUUAUUUACAAAAUGCAGACAGAACCAUUGAAAUCUUUAGAUUAAGAAGUGAAGAGGAAAUCAAGAAGGGGAUUACCAAGAGAACCAAAAGACUUAGAGAUAAGGGUUUUGAAGAUGAAGAAAUCUUACAAUCAUUGCAAGAAUCUGAAGUGAGUAUGAUGAUUACUCCAUUCACUACUGUGAGAACCACAUCCAAGAUAAGAGCUUGUACAUGGGUCAAGACCAACAAGAGAUUAGAUUUAGUGAUUUCUUUGAGUCAAAACUCUAUCGAAUAUCAUAAUAUCCCAGUUCCUGAACAAGUGAAGAAGGUUCAACCAAAUGAAUUAUAUUCUGUUAAGAAACACUCCAUUGAUUUAUUGGGUCAUAGAACUGAUAUUAGAGCCAUGGACUUGUCCUCUGAUAACAAAUUACUUGCCACUGCAUCCAAUGGUGAAUUAAAGAUUUGGAACAUCAAGACUAAUAACGUUCUUCGUACAUUCACCAUUGGUGGGUAUGCCUUAUGUUGUAAGUUUUUACCUGGUGGGACCUUAGUUGUAGUUGGGUUUAAGAAUGGUUCGUUAGAAUUGUACGACUUGACCACUUCUUCACUUGUUGAUACCAUUGAAAGAGCACAUGGAUCUUCCGAUUCAGAUGAAGAAAAUGGAUCUGCUGUAUGGUCUUUGGAUAUGACUUCUGACGGUACCACUCUUGUUACUGGGGGUAAUGAUAAAACAGUCAAGUUCUGGAACUUUAAAGUAGAACAAGAAUUGGUUCCUGGUACCAACACUACGAUUUCACAAAUGAAAAUUGUUCAUAAGCAAACUUUAGAACUUGAAGAGGAAGUUUUAUGUGUUAAGAUCUCUCAAGAUUCCAAAUUUUUGGCAAUCUCAUUAUUGAAUAAUAAUGUUCAAGUUGUAUUUUUGGAUUCAUUAAAGCUUUUCUUAACCUUGUAUGGUCAUAAAUUACCAGUGUUAUCAAUUGAUAUUUCUGAUGAUUCAAAAAUUAUUAUCACUUCAUCUGCUGAUAAAAACAUCAAGAUUUGGGGGUUAGACUUUGGUGAUUGUCACAAAUCUAUUUUCGCUCAUCAAGAUUCUAUUAUGAAUGUUAGAUUCAUUCCUGAAAGUCAUAAUUUCUUUUCCAGUGGUAAGGAUGGAUUAAUUAAAUAUUGGGAUGGUGAUAAGUUUGAAUGUAUUCAAAAGCUUCCAGCUCAUAAGCUGGAAGUAUGGUGUUUAUGUGUGAGUAAUGAUGGUUCGUUUAUGGUUUCUACAUCUCAUGAUCAUUCUAUAAGAUUAUGGGAAGAAACUGAAGAUCAAGUGUUUAUAGAAGAAGAAAAGGAAAAGGAAAUGGAUGAACAAUAUGAAAACACAUUAUUGGAUUCUUUAGAAGAUGAGAAGCCUAUUAGAGGAGAAGGAGAUGAGGAUGAAGAUGAUGAAGAAUCUGAAGCUACCAAGGUUAGUAAGCAAACUGUUGAAACCUUAAAAGCUGGUGAAAAAUUGAUGGAAGCCAUUGAUAUUGGAAUCAUUGAUGUACUUGAAUCAGAAGAUUAUGAACAACAUCUCAAACAAUUUAAUGCUAAGAAGACCACUGUUCCUCCCGUUAAACCAAAUAGACAUACUAUUCUUAUGGCUUUCAAUAUGAAUGGACUGGAAUAUGUGAUGAGUGUUCUUAGUAAAAUCAAACCAUCUCAAUUGGAUGAUGCCUUACUUGUUUUCCCAUUUUCUUAUUCUUUGAAGUUAUUCAAAUUCAUUCAAAUUUGGACCAACAAGUCUAAUAUUACAAGCAAUGUGACUAAUAUCUCAUUGAUUUGUAAAGUAUUAUUCUUUGUGGUUAGAUCCAAUGCCAAGGAAUUGGUCAAUCAAAAGGAUCCAGGUAUCAAAAACCAAUUGAUGGAAGUGAAGAAACAGAUUCGUGAUGAGCUUGAAAAGACUAGUGGCCAACUUGGUUACAAUAUACUGGGACUUCGUUUUAUUAAACAACAAUGGAAACUUACCCAUGAGACUGCAUUUAUUGAUGAAGGUGAACAACAAGCAUACGAUGAUCUGAAGGCUAAAAAGAGAGUUUUCACCACAAUCUAAUGAUAUCUACAGAAUAGAAAUUGGAGAAAGGAGAGAAAUGGCUUACAUAGAGAGAGAG